AUCUCUUCUUUCUUUCCUUCUUUCUCUCCGGAGCCUCCUCUGCUGCAGUCCCUUCUUCCUUCUCUUCCUCCUUUUUUGCUCUUUCUCCUUCUUUCCUUUUUCUGCUGCAUUGCUACAGACUGCAGCAGAAACACCUCCUUUCUUUGCAAAAGGAAAAAGGAAAAGUUAUCCCAUUUUUGGACCAUUUGGAUGCUCUUCUGGGACAGAUCCAGAUGUUCUUCUCCAACCGUCUGUUUCCUUUCCGCUCCCAGAUGCCAUGAUGGCCUCCUUGCUGGUCUUCUUCUCCGCCUUGGCCCCUUUUGCCCCACUCGCAACAGGGUUCCAGUUCUUCAGGGAAAACACAGAUGACCUCAAGGCCCUGAGGGUCUCCAUCGCACGGCACCCUCCUCCCAGGGCGGUUCUGGCCGGCACCUUGACCCUCCCUUGCCGCGUGACCUUCCUCCGGCCGAUGGCCACUCCGCCUGGGCUGCCCCGGGUGAAGUGGUCCUUCCUGUGGGAGGGGCAGGAGGCGGAGGUGCUGGUGGCCCGGGGGGCAAAGGUGAAGCUCGGUCCGGGCUACGAGGGCCGGGCGGCGCUGCCCUUCUACCUGGACGACCCUUCGGACGCCACGCUGACCCUCGACCACCUGCGCAGCAACGACUCCGGCAUCUUCCGCUGCCACGUCCAGCACGGCAUCGAGGACGGGCACGACGCCCUGGAGGUCAAGGUCAAAGGGGUGGUCUUCCUCUACCGAGAAGGAUCCUCCCGUUACGCGUACACCUUUGCAGAGGCCCAGGAGGCCUGCGCCCGCAUCGAGGCCCAGAUCGCCAGCCCCGAGCAGCUCCACGCGGCCUACCUGGGCGGAUACGAGCAGUGCGACGCCGGAUGGAUUGCCGACCAGACCGUCAGGUACCCCAUCCAGACCCCGCGGGAGGCCUGUUACGGGGACAUGGAGAGCUUCCCGGGCGUCCGCAACUACGGCGUGGUCGACCCCGAAGACCAGUACGACGUCUACUGCUACGUGGAGGAGCUCUAUGGAGAGCUCUUUGUGGUCAGCUCCCCGCAGCGGUUCUCGUGGCCGGAGGGUCAGGAGGCGUGCCAGGCGCUGGGGGCUUCGGUGGCCACCACCGGUCAGCUCUACGCGGCCUGGAGCCAAGGCCUGGACCACUGCAACCCGGGCUGGCUGGCCGACCGCAGCGCCCGCUACCCCAUCGUGGCCCCGCGGGAGAAGUGCGGGGGGUCCGUCCCCGGGGUCAAGACCCUCUUCCGCUUCCGCAACCAGACCGGCUUCCCGGACCCACAGACCAGCCGAUACGACGUCUUCUGCUUCCGAGAAGACAGCCCGGCAUCGCCUGAAGCUCUGGCGUCCGAGUCCAAGAUCGUGACGGUGACGGAGCGGAUGGAGGAGCUGCGCCUGCCCCCCGCCCUGGGGCCCGGCCCGGCCAAGGAGUCCCGGGGGGCCAUCUACGCCAUGCCCCUCCCCCGGGAGGACCCCUCCCCACAGGCCCCCCACCCGGCCCAGGCCCCGCCCGGGGGGGCCCACCCGGGCACAGAGCGGGGGUGCCACCUCGCCCUCCCCGGACAGGAAGCAGCCAGGCCCGUGGGCUGCAAGGAGAGACACCCGGACACAGAGGAGGAGACCGGCCCCGAGGAGAACGGAGGAGAGUCUGAUUCGGAGGACGAGUGGAUGAUGCAUCCCUUGCAAAUAGAAGAGGAGGAGGAAGAUGAGGAUGAUGAGGAGGAAGGCCUGCUUGUUGGGACCACGGACACCACAGUGGUCAGCAGCGAGGCCUCUCCGUCCCUGAGCAACGACAACAACAGCAGCGUCUCCAAGGAGGACGAUGAUGCGGAGAUGCAGGGAAGGGGUCGCGACCCCACAGAUGACCCCUCCGAAGCCUUCUCCGUCCUCCCUUUGGAGCAGAUGGACAAGGAGGCCUCUGUCCACUACGGUCAGUCUCAAGAGGAAGAGGAAGAGGCUUCUGGGACCCCGAUGGUCCAGCCUUCCAGUGUUUUCAUGAAUGGUCCACGGUGGCUCCAGCCGGCUGCGGCCACUGUCACUGUGCCCAGUUUGAGUCAUCACAAUGAAGACGAUGAAGAAGAAGUGACCACUGCUAUGGUCAGUUUGGGUCGUCAUGAUGAAGAAGUAGUGACCAGUGCUGUGGUCAGUUUGGAUCAUAAUGGUGAUGAUGAUGUAGUGACCACUACUGUGGGUCAUGGUAAUGAUGAUGAAGUAGUGACCGCUGCUGUGGUCAGUUUGGAUCAUGAUGACGAUGAUGAUGUAGUGACCACUACUGUGGGUCAUGAUGAUGAUGAUGAUGAUGAUGAUGAAGUGACCACUGCUGUGGUCAGUUUGGAUCAUGAUGCCGAUGAUGAUAUAGUGACCACUACUGUGGGUCAUGAUAAUGAUAUAGUGACCGCUGCUGUGGUCAGUUUGGGUCAACAUAACAACGACGCUGGGUCCCACCAAGAGCAGGAAUAUGAUCCCUCGACCUCGAGUGACCCCUUGACCACAGGCUUGACCCCAAGCCAAGAAGAUCCAGGUCCAACUUCCACCGAAGAGGAGGAGGAAGAAGAAGAAGACCUCUCCGGCCACCCUUCCUUGACGCGGCCAUCCUUUGCUGACCACUUGACCAGCGCUCGGCCCAUUUUGCCCACCCAGAGGGCCAGUCUGGGCAGCCGGGCAGCGGCCGGAGGGGUCGUCUCAGGUGACUGCCUUCUGCGGGAGGAGCCUUGCCUCAACGGAGGCACCUGCGCCGAGGACGGGGAGCGGCUCACCUGCCUCUGCCUACCUGGAUACGGAGGGGACGCCUGCCAGGACGAGCUGGAGCAUUGCCCACCCGGGUGGGAGGCCUUCCAGGGCUCCUGCUACAGGCAUUUCCCGCGUCGGCGGAGCUGGGAGGAGGCGGAGGCGCAGUGCCGGGCGCAGGGGGCCCACCUGGCCAGCGUGGCCACCCCCGAGGAGCAGGACUUCCUCAACAGUAGGCCACCCACAGAUCGCUACAAGGAGUAUCAGUGGAUCGGCCUGAAUGACCGGACCAUCGAGGGGGACUUCCAGUGGUCCGACGGCAGCCCUAUGCUGUACGAGAACUGGCACCCGGGUCAGCCGGACAGCUACUUCUUGUCCGGAGAGAACUGUGCGGUCAUCGUGUGGCACGACCAGGGCCAGUGGAGCGACGUGCCCUGCAACUACCACCUCUCCUUCACCUGCAAGAUGGGCCUCGUGUGGUGCGGCCCCCCUCCCGAGGUGAGUGGGGCCCGGGUCUUUGGGAAGCCCAAGGCGCGCUACGAGGCGGGGUCCGUGGUGCGCUACCGUUGCCGGGGGGGCCUCCGCCAGCGCCACUCGCCCCUCGCCCGGUGCCAGGAGGACGGCCAAUGGGAGGAGCCCAGGGUCACUUGCAGGACAGGACUGAUGGAGACCCUCCGGAACACAGACCCCGAUGGGCCGGACCACCGGAACCACCACGAUGCCUUCUGACCCCGUCUUCCUCUCUGUCAUGUUUUUUGUAUUGUUUUUAUUCGUGUUGUUGUUAUUAUUGUUAUUAUUAUUGGUGCACAUAAAGACAUCCUAGUAACGAC